AUGCGAAUAACAGACAAGACGAACACACUUUCUUAUUUCAUAUUUCUUAUUUUUCUUUCUUCCUUUCUUUUCCAAAUCUUUCUCCCUUUCUUUCGUUUCCAAAUCAUUCUAUCUUUUUCUUUCUUUUCUAAAUAUUUCUUUCUUUCUUUCUUUUCCAAAUCUUUCUUUCUUUCGUUUCCAAAUCUAUCUUUCUUUUUCUUUCUCUUCCAAAUCUUUCUUCCUUUCUUUCUUUCUAUUCCAAAUCUUUCUUCCUUUCUUUCGUUUCCGAUUUUUUCUUUCUUUUUCUUUCUUUUCCAAAUCUUUCGUUCUUUCUUUCUUUCUUUCUUUCUUUCUCAAAUCUUUCUUUCUUUUUUCCUUUCUUUUCCAAAUAUUUCUUUCUUUCUUUCUUUUCCAAAUAUUUCUUUCUUUCUUUCUCUUCCAAAUCUUUCAUCCUUUCUUUUGUUUCCAAAUUUUUCUUUUUCUUUCUUUUCCAAAUCCUCCAUUCUUUCUUCUUUUCUUUUCCAAAUCUUUUUUUCCUUUCUUUCAUUUCUAAAUCUAUCUUUCUUUUUCUUUCUUUUCCAAAUCUUUCUUCCUUUCUUUCUUUUCCAAAUCUUUCUUUCUUUUUUUUCUUUUUCUUUCUUUAUUCAAGACAAUAAUUUGUGA